AUGGCUACUAAACGCCCCAACUUCCUCAUCAUCGUUGCUGAUGAUAUGGGAUUUUCAGAUGCCGGGUGCUUCGGGUCCGAGAUUCGCACUCCCAGUAUCGACAAGUUAGCAAAAGAUGGCAUUCGCCUCACAGGCUUCCAUGCCGCGGCCGCAUGCUCUCCGACGAGAGCAAUGAUCCUCACGGGUACCGAUCAUCACAUUGCAGGCUUGGGCAACCUGAUUGAAUGGACGGAUUUCUCGGGGCAAAACUUCCCCAAAGGAAGCAAAUAUUCGACUGCUCCUCAAAGAGGCAUGCCGGGCUAUGAGGGGUACUUGAAUGCUCGAGUGGCUGCACUGCCCGAGAUCCUGAAAGAGGGAGGAUACCACACUGUCAUGGCUGGAAAGUGGCAUCUAGGACUCACCAAAGAGCGAAGUCCUCAGGCGCGGGGUUUUGACCGAAGUCUAGCCCUCUUGCCGGCGUGCUCAAAUCAUUACGACUGGAGACCGGAGGCCGACUUUCCAAAAUUCCUGGAGAAGAGCGUCAUUGCGUUGCACAUGGAGGACGACCACUAUGUCAAAGAUCUGCCAGAGGGAUGGUACUCGAGCGACGGAUAUGGAAGCCGAAUGCUACGCUAUCUGAAAGAAUGGAAAGAGGACAAGGAGCUGUCAAAGAAACCGUUCUUCGCAUAUUACCCAUUUUCGGCCCCUCAUUGGCCUCUCCAGGCCCCCAAGGAGUACGUUGAUCACUAUCGAGGUACUUACAAGGAAGGCCCAGAAGCUCUCCGUCAGGCACGGCUAAAGAAGCUGAUUGAACUUGGGAUGAUACCCAAAGAUGUCAAGCCCCAUCCAGUUGUCGCGGACGAGGUACCUGGGUGGGAUGAAAUGGAUGACUUUCACAAGAAGGCCUCUUCAUGUUCGAUGGAGGCGUACGCUGGGAUGGUCGAGUGCUUAGACCACAACAUCGGCAGAGUUACCGACUAUCUGGAAUCAAUUGGCGAGUUAGACAAUACCUACAUUAUGUUCUUCUCUGACAAUGGUGCUGAGGGAGCUGCAUACGAAGCAUAUCCUAUGGUGGCUGGUGAGCUGAUGGAACAUAUUGGCAAGUACUACAACAACUCGCUCGAGAACAUUGGCAACAAGGACAGUUUCGUCUGGUACGGCCCACGCUGGGCUCAAGCAGCAACUGCCCCAAGUAGACUGUACAAGGCAUAUACGACCGAGGGAGGCGUCCGGGUGCCUUGUGUUAUUCGAUAUCCGCCGAUACACAAAGAGCGAGCAGGCGAAAUCACCGAAACAUUUGCAACAGUGAUGGACAUUGCGCCAACACUACUUUCCCUUGCGGGCAUUCAGCACCCGUCUCCCGAGUGGAAUGGCCGACAGAUUGUACCCAUGCGAGGCAAGGAUAUGACACCGUGGCUCAGCGGAAAGCAAGAUCUAGUGCACGAUCCCAACGAGGCAUUUGGGUGGGAACUCUGUGGACGGGCUGCAAUUCGCAAGGGGCCGUGGAAAGCAGACUUUAUUCCUUUCCCCAAAGGCACCUCGGCAUGGCAGCUGUACGAUCUUUCCAAGGAUCCCGGAGAGACGGAAGAUCUGGCUACCAAGCACACAGAGAUUCUUAAGGAGUUGCUGGAUCUCUGGGAGAUUUAUUGCGAGGAGACCGGUGUGGUACCCUUGCAACCGGAACUUGGUGCACGCUUCCAUGAAGCCGUCGAGGCACAAAUGAAAGAAGGCGAAUGGAUCGAGUAUGAAUACUGGAAGCCAGGGGCAUUGGAAGAGAGGAGACGGCAAGAAUAUGUCAGAGAGAUCGCCAAGGUGAGUGAUCCCAGGAUCAAAGAGGCGGCCGGGGGUCAACCGGUCAAUGUAGCCGGUGCUUGA